AUGGUGAUUCAACACGUAGCUUUUGAAAAAUCACAGUGGGUCACUGUGAUUCCAGAUACUAGGGCAAAUUCCAUGAAACCUAUAGAGAAGAAGAAAAGUUUAGCUUCAACUUCUAAUUCUUGUAAAGUUUAUGAUAAACCAAAGGGACUUCAUCAAGAAGGAUCAACAAGUUCAAAAAUUUACAAGUGUGAAUUUUGUAACAAAAUUUUUGGUUGUGGAAAAGCAUUAGGUGGUCACAAAAGAUUUCAUCUUCAACUUCUAAGGAAAGAGAAUGAGGCUAAAGCUAGGGUUAGUUUCAACUCUUCUAAUUAUGAUGGAAAACAAAUAUGUCAUGUUUGCAAGAAGAAUUUUUCAUCUAAUAAAGCUUUAUAUGGUCACAUGAGAUCUCACCCCGAAAGGGAAUGGAGGGGUAUUCACCCUAAUAAGUUUAAUUAUAAUAUUGAUUAUGAUUAUGAUGAUGAUGAUGAUAAUCAUGAUCAAGAUCAAUAUUUUAUUGGUGCACCUAAAAAAUUGGUUAUUGAUGAUGAUGAAUCAAUAACUUGGCCACCAAGAUUUAUUAAAACCAAUAAAAGGGGUCGAAGCUAUGAAGUUGAUAAUGCUGCUCAAAUACUCAUGCAUAUGUCUAGGGCUAAAAUUUUAGAAGAAAAGCUUAAUGAGAAUUUGGAUUAUGAGGAGAAAGUGUUACCUAGUACUACUAGUGGUACUCUAGUUGAUGACAAUAUUGAUGAAACAAAAUUGAAGAAAAGGAAGAUGUUGGUGAAAUUAAAGAAUCCAUUUUUAGCAUCUAAAGAGAAGAAUCUUAAUAGGUAUCAAUGUGAGAUUGGGGAAUCAAGUCAAUCAAAAUCAAGAAUUGUUCGAGCUUUUGAUUUGAACGAGUGA